AUGGGAGACAAAUCCAAAGAGUACGAUAGGUACGAUUUAAUGGUCGAACAAGCGAAGUUUCACCAGAACGAUUGUUCUCGUGUAAUGAAUCCCCAUGACGUGGCACCCGAAACCUGUUCAAUUUCAUAUUUUAAUAUGGAAGACGUGAAUGACGCCUUGCCUCGGGAACCAGAGGAUUUAGAAAUGGCAGACUCUGGAACAAAAGCAAUAGCCCGGGCGAUACAAUUGAAAAAUGUAUCGUUGGCGGAAGAAAUGCUCUGGCAUCUUGCGUACAACAGCGACGCUGUCCAGAUCGUGGCUGAUAGGCUCUUCCAAACUCAUACAGUGUUGACCGAAAACCAAAAAGAAACCCUUCGUAUCAUCAAAGGCACCGACCAGUAUACGUCAUUCACCGACAUAAAACUCAAGGCAACCUGUCGUCUUCUCAUCAAUGCUAGAGAAGGCCAGAACAAUAAUGUCGCAACGACUAGCUAUUUGGCUGCUACAAUAAUGAAUAAGCAAGCAUACAAAGAGGAUACCUCAACUUUCAUCAUCGGCUGGUUCUGCGCUCAUAAUGCCGGAUUACGUAUUCAGAGGGACGGCUCUGAUCCGGUCGAAUGCCUUUCCAGAGGAAUGAUGGCCAGCCUUUUGUGUCAGCUUCUACACUGGAUGGUGUACAGGGAGAUUGACUGCGAUCUGUCGUUCAUUAGCGGUCCCGAUUGGGACAGCAUUAAACAAUUCGAACUGGUGGUUUUGAGCAAAGUAUUUACCACACUAGUUACACAGUUGCCUGAAGGAAGUCAGAUAAUUUGCUUCAUCGACGAAAUCCAUCAUUACGAGGAGAAGGAUACAGAUGAUGCGUAUAGGGCAAUCAAAGGACUGGUGGCACUUACCAAUAGCGUCGGACCGUUGAAGGGACCUCGAUAUUUCAAACUCCUUCUGACUUGUAAGGACGAAGCUCUCGGGAUCAAGGGGCUUUUUGAAGGCAAAACCCAAAGUAUGGAAUUUCCACAGGAAGCAUAA